AUGCGUAACGCUACUCUAGGUCCGAACGCUAAUCCAAUGCCAUAUAUGACUCUUAUUAGUCUCAAGAACUUGCCGCACCCAGAUAACUCAGUGCAUCCAUCCUGGCGUGAUGCUCUCCUAUUCUGUGCCCCUGAUCGGAACUGGGACAACACCUCCCCACUAGCUGUAAUGAAGCAGCGUGUAGACUACGUAGAUGUACAGCAGCCUAUGCUUGAUGCAGCCACUCCUGGCGGUGGAUCUUAUGGUAAUGAGGUCAGCUGGAAACUAGAGAACUAG